AUGCUCUGCAUUAAGUAUAGUGGUAUCCAGCGUAUAUUUGAAAAACCAACAUUUGUAUACAAGCUGUACGAAUAUCAUGACAUUCACUUUGGUAGUCGCCUUCUUAAUGUUAGUCUUUUUGUUCCCUAUCUACCAUAUUAUCUAAUUGGUUUAAUUUUCUUACAAACGGCUUUUGGUUUGAUUGAAUUAUCGCACCCAGAUAACUCCAUACCAGUGAACCGGUUUGUAACUCCGCUUCAUAUCGUACCUGAAUGGUACUUUUUAGCAUAUUAUGCGGUGUUAAAAGUAAUCCCAUCCAAAACCGGUGGUUUGUUAGUAUUUAUGUUAUCAACAUGUCAAUGA